GUGUCCCAAAACACACACACAUCGGGUACCAUGGCACAGCCCUUUCCGUACACGUACUACACAUGCGAUUGUUUCGACAGCAAUAAUCCCCUCGCGUCGAAACGCGGUCCACAGCCCCUAGAAGAAGACGAGCGAGAUUUCGACCCCCACAAUCCACGCUCAAACUAUACCCUCUAUCCGCUCGAACAGCUAUUAUACUGCGAAGAUUGCCAGCAGAUUCGAUGUCCAAGAUGUGUCGCCGAGGAAACUAUAAACUGGUACUGUCCGAGCUGCUUGUUCGAGGUACCUAGCUCGGUGGUUAAAAGCGAUGGAAAUCGGUGUACCAGGAAUUGUUUCAACUGCCCUGUGUGUACAAGCCCUAUGACGACAAACAGCCUAGAUCAACACGGAGACGGUCCGCCGUACAUACUUGCAUGUCCGUAUUGCAAAUGGAGCACAGUGGAGAUCGGGAUAGAGGUUGAGAAAGGGACAGGAAUCAGUGCACAGCUGGCCAAAAUCGCAAAUGGAGGCCACCCCAUUCCUUCGCUGAAAGAGCGAGACAAGGAGCGCGAGCGCAAGAAAGAGUUGGAAUCCAGACGCCGAGAAAAAGAUGCCAUGUCCCCUACACAAGACUCUCCAACGACAGACACGGAAAGGGAUUCUACCCCCAGUCAUGACGACCUGUUUUACAACCUCUCCUCCUUCUACAAAUCACAGAUCGACGCCCAGACACCUUCAAACCCAUUCUCCUCAGCCGAAAUCAAUUUCUCGUCUCCUUCUGCUUACUCCCGCAUAAUGAGCAUGUAUUCAUCCAGCUCGCGGAAAAACAAGCGCAGUAAACCUGCCCCAGCCCGUGACGCCGCUUCCAUUCUAGAAGGCCUUAGCAUUCACGACCCUUCAAACGAUGCGCAAGCGAUUGAGCGCAUCAAGAGAGAAGGCUGGUCAACCACGCUUCAACCUUCCCAGAAACUCGCUCAACCCGACCCGACCAUUCGUUUUUCAGACGAACUUCGUCCCCUCGCUACUCUGCUCUGCACCAAGCGUUCCAAACGCUGCCGCUCCUGCCGGCAUAUUCUUUCUAAACCAGAAAACAAAAUUACUUCAACCCGCUACAAGAUCAAACUCCUAGCCCUCAACCAUAUUCCUCGCAUCAGCAUGCGCGCCUUACCCUCCCAGUAUACUCAAUCUUCCUCUGCCCCUUCCGCAACUGCCACUCCGUUCGCCUAUGACGCCCUCAAACCUGGAAUUCCCACGCAUUUUUUGCUCCACAUAAGCAACCCGCUUUUCGACCCGAUCCGCGUUACUCUCGCCACGCCCUCAACAACCCCUGGAAAGGUUCAAUCACGCGUCACCAUUCUUUGCCCGCAAUUCGAAGUCGGUGCCAAUACGGAUGUCUGGGACGACGCUCUCGCAUCUUCGCUUUCUCCAAUCAAGCACAGCGCGCAAGACGCCGGACAGAUUGAAGCGGGCAAGAUUUGGGAUCGAGGACGCAACUGGACAAGUGUCGUCGUGGAGGUCGUCCCGGGAUUCUUAGACGGUGUGCCAGGCCUGGCCUCGAGUAUUGGACCCGGGGCUGCUCCUCCUACUUCGACUAAUGACGGUAGGAAGCGAAGCGGCACUGGCGCCCUUCGUGAUGUCGGUGAAGACGACGGUGACCUCAACUAUGAUGAAGAUGUUCUUGAGAUACCCGUCUUUGUCCGAUUGGAGUUCGAGGCUGAUGUCAAUGCUGAGGAGCGUGGGUUAGGAGAUAGUCGGGGAAGUAAAGGAGAAAGGGAGAAGAGGGAAGAAGCAUUUUGGGUUGUGGUUGGGCUUGGGAGGAUUGUUGAGAUAUGA